AUGCUUGUUGUCAUAUCUUGUCUAUUUGGUCUAUUUGUUCUCGCAAUUUUCUCAGAUCAGAUGUCAGCGAUAUUCGGUGAUGAAACUGCAGUCGAACACGCCCAGCGCGUAAAACCUCGAACGGGUCGAUCGAGUGCUCUCGAACUUCUUAAUGAUCGAGAUUCUGAUCUUGAAACAGGAGGCUUCCGUAAAAUGUCCAAAUUUGAGUUACUAAAAGACGUUUGUGGUACAGGCCCUGUAUGGCUCUGGCCAUUCCCUUGUUUGCAUCGUAAACGUGUCAAAAAUUUCAAUUGGUUAGUAGAUGGUCAUGAUUUUCGUGGUGGUGAUGCAACUGUUGGAGGGGCUUUGAACACAGAUAUUCACUCCUCCGUAAACGGAAGUAUCGAUAAUAGUGCAAAUAUACCCCUUCUUAGUGUUAUACAUGAUGAUAUUGAAGAGCUAGACACCUUCAUCACUCCAACUCACUCUAAAGCAAAUACUACUCGUAGUGUUUCAGUUACCAGUGAAUUUUGA